AAGAAUUGAUUUUUUAAUAUAAAUAUCUCCGACAAUAAUUUUCCUAUUUUAUGUCCACGAUCUAAGGCCCAAAACACAAAGCGAAGUAAUUCAACCUUUUGCAGCACAUGUCUCCGCUAAAUGCCGAAGCAGCCAGCACUAGAAUCCACGAACAGAAUCAAAAAAUGCUCGACACCACCCCAUGUCUACCACGUGUAUCGUUUCCGACCCUCUAGAUCCUGCCUGUCCUGCUUAAUCCAACGGUCUAUCUUCCACCACGCGAUCUCAUCCCACUGGAAAAACUAGCGGUUCACAUUCUGCCACGCGUCCAACCCCCUUCAUUAUUACCCCGACGAUCCAACGGACUCAAUACCUCCCCCUGCUUCCUGUUCUCUGCAACACCGUCCACUCUCUUUCCCCGUUGCAUUCUCCUAAUUCGCCGCCACCCACUGAAAUCUCCGUUUUACCCUUGGUCUUUUUCCCAUAUCCCUUCAUCAUCCUCUCGCUCUUCGUUUUCCUGCGUUCUCAUCGCCGACGAUCGGAGUACAGUGCGAUCCGGAUCGGCCGCGAUUGGAAUCUGAUGGCGGAUUCGGAUAACGAGUCGGGUGGGGGGAACGGCGGCAACGCGAACUGCGAUUUGUCAACGAAGGAACAGGAUAGGUUCUUGCCGAUAGCGAACGUGAGCAGGAUAAUGAAAAAGGCGUUGCCGGGGAACGCGAAGAUCUCAAAGGACGCGAAGGAGACUGUGCAGGAGUGCGUAUCGGAGUUCAUAAGCUUCGUGACGGGGGAGGCGUCGGACAAGUGCCAGAGAGAGAAGAGGAAGACGAUCAACGGCGACGAUUUACUGUGGGCCAUGACCACUUUAGGGUUCGAGGAUUAUGUGGAGCCCUUGAAGAUUUACCUACAGAAGUACCGGGAGAUGGAAGGAGAGAAGACUUCCCUUGGGAAACGCGAGAAGGACGGUGGCUCCGGUGGAAGCGGGGUUGUUGGUUUUAAUGGCGCAGAGGGUAUGUACGGUGGGAUGACAGUAGGGCAUCAUCAGGGACAGAUGUAUGGUUCUGGUGGGUUUAACCAAGGAAACGGUGGUGGUGGAGGAUCCAACAUGAGAUCCAGGUAGCUUUAGUCAUAGUUUUCAAGAUCGAACCAAUGAACUGUUUUCGCUGGAUGGAGAAUUCAAGUUAGAGUCAAAUAACUUGUGAAGUACUAUGAUGUGCUAUCUUAAUAUGUUACAAUUAACCUUUUUUUUCCCCCUAGUAAAUUAUCUAAAGGCAGGGAUGGCUGUGAAGAAGUUAUGGGGAAGACAAAAUGAGAUAUAGAGUUCAGAGGAGUGAUUUUGCAGCAUUUAUAGUGUAAUAUGGGAAAUGAGAUAGAGAUUAUAGGAUCUUGGUACAAUUGUGACCUUCUUAUGAUAAAAUGUUAGUUGUAUCAAAGCGUGGGAGAGGAGACAUCAACAUGUACUUUACUCCCUUUAAUUUCUCCUAGAGGUUUAAUGAAAUGGAUCAUAGUUUGUUGGUGUUGUGCA